AUGCCCGGCGACUCUAAUGACCCCUCUCCCCUCAGCCCCACCUCACAACCUCAUACAAGUACAGCAUCGCAUGAUAAGGCCAGCGGCAACCGUCGCGUUCUGGACGUCAAGACAACCCUGGGGGUAACUUCUGAUGAACCCGGGUAUCGCAAUUCUGUUUUAACUAUAGUCGGGGAUGAAGAUUUCAGCUUCGAAAAACAUCUCAAGGACAUCAUCAAGCGACGUGAUGAGGAAGAAAUAAAAUGGCGUGAGCUCGGUGUCGUGUUCAAUGACCUCCGUGUGGUGGGCAUUGGCGCGAGAUCAUCAUUGCAACCGACCAUGGGGUCAUUAUUUAGCCCUGCCUCCCUCUUGCGCACAAUUAGUGAAGCUCGACAUCCACCUGUGCGGGAUAUUUUGUCAGGCUUCGAAGGCGUCAUUGCACCUGGCGAAAUGCUACUCGUUCUAGGAAAACCUGGGUCAGGAUGCAGCACCUUCCUCAAGACCCUCGCUAACCAGCGUGGGGAGUACCAUGCUGUUGAAGGAGAGGUUGAGUAUGAUUCAUUUACCCCCCAAGAUAUCGGUAACCAUUACCGCGGAGACGUCAUUUACUGCCCAGAGGACGACAUUCACUUCCCUACUUUGACGGUCGAGGAAACAUUGUCUUUUGCCAUCAAAACUCGCACACCUCAAACCCGCUUCGCCAAUCAGUCAAGGAAGCAAUUCAAUGCUGAAUUUUUGGACGUUCUCCUCAGAAUUUUCGGCCUUCAACACGCUCGGAAAACCGUCGUCGGUAAUGCCGCGAUUCGCGGUGUUUCUGGUGGAGAGAAAAAGCGUGUUUCCAUUGCAGAGGCACUGUCUUGCAGAAGUAUGAUUGGCGCAUGGGACAACUCUACUCGUGGUUUAGAUGCCUCUACUGCGCUUGAGUUUGUUCAAGCUUUGCGUCUGGGUACUGACAUCGCGCGUCUGACAACUAUUGUGUCCAUCUACCAAGCCGGGGAGCAAUUGUAUGAGCUCUUCGACAAGGUAUGUGUCAUCGCUGAAGGUCGAAUGGCCUAUUUUGGGCCGGCCAAAGCCGCCCGUCAAUAUUUCAUCGAUAUGGGCUACGAGCCCCAUAAUAGGCAGACUACGGCAGAUUUCCUCGUUGGUGUCACCGACCCAAUUGGCCGGAAGAUUAGGUCAGGGUUCAAAGGCACAGCUGUGCCCAGAACGGCAGAGGAGAUGGCCGCCCAUUUCCGGGCGUCACAGCUUGGCCAUCUUAAUCGUCAGGCAAUUGACGAGUAUCGGGCACUUCAUGUUGGCAAACCUGACCGCAAAGAUGCAUACCGGCUGAGUGCAGUUAUGGAGCAUUCUCAUCAUGCACCCAAGAAUAACUCGUAUACCAUAUCUAUCCCUAUGCAAGUUAGGGCUGUGAUGGUUCGCCGUAUGCAAAUUAUUAAGGGCGACUUGUCCGCGCAGGUGGUACAGCUAUGUGCCCAGAUCUUUCAAGGCAUCAUCAUGGGCGCGGUCUUUUUGCAAUUGCCUGAUGCAACAUCGGGCUUUUUCUCUCGGGGAGGUGUUUUGUUCUUCGCUCUCUUCUUUGGCGCAAUAUCUGCGAUGGCAGAAAUUCCCGCUCUGUUCGCCCAGCGCCCUAUCAUAUUACGCCACCAUAAAGCAGCGAUGUACUACCCCUUCAUUGAGGCCUUUGCUCAUACAGUGGUAGACAUCCCCAUCACGUUCAUAAUUCAAGCUGUUUUCUGCGUCAUUCUUUACUUCAUGGUCGGCCUUCAAAAAUCAGCAUCCCAGUUCUUUAUAUUUUUCUUGACAGUCUUUACCAUGACUAUUACGAUGAAGGCGUUCUUCAGAAUGCUCGCAGCCAGUUUCAAGGAGGAGUCCGGUGCAACGUCCAUGGCUGGUAUCUCCGUUCUAAUUGUUUCCCUGUACACCGGUUACACCAUUCCUCGCCUAAGUAUACCAGGCGCCCUCAGAUGGAUAACAUAUCUUAACCCUCUGCGUUACGGCUUCGAGGGCAUCCUGACAAAUGAGUUCCACACACUGAACGCUACUUGCACCACACUUGUUCCCCAAGGUCCAGGGUACGAGAAUAUUUCUUUGGCGAACCAGGUUUGCACGACUGUCGGAUCACUGCCUGGCAUGAUCACCGUAGACGGCAACAGGUUCGUGAACAUGUCAUACGGCUACUCAUAUAGUGAUCUCUGGAAAAAUUACGGUAUCAUCAUUGCCUUUGGUGUUGGCUUCUUCGUGUUAUUGCUCAUCGCCGCGGAGUACAACACGAACUCCGCGUUUGAUACUGUGGUGACUCUCUUCAAGCAAGGAACACGUGCAAUGGAAGACAUUGCCACCACGGAAGACGAAGAGAAAUCCAGCAAGCUAUCCACCCGUCCACCCUCUUUGGACGGUGGCGCGCCACGAACUGCCGGUGCACCCGCAUCCUAUAGUGCACUCGAAAAGCCAGCAACCAAUGACGUAUUUACGUGGCAGCACAUUCAAUACGUUGUACCGGUAUCUGGCGGAGAACGGCGCUUGCUCGACGAUGUCUCUGGGUACGUUGCACCUGGAAAAUUAACGGCUCUCAUGGGUGAAUCCGGCGCUGGAAAGACGACGUUGCUCAAUGUUUUGGCUCAACGGGUCGAUGUCGGAGUUGUUAUGGGAGAUCGGUUCGUCAGCGGACAGCCCGUGCCCGCAGACUUCCAGGCUCAGACUGGCUACUGCCAACAAAUGGACACUCACUUGCCGCAAACGACUGUUCGCGAAGCUCUUCUGUUCUCCGCUCGCCUGCGACAACCUGAGUCUGUCUCGUCUGCAGAACUUGAAUCAUACGUGGACAAGUGCCUUAUCAUGUGUGGCCUUGAAAAUUAUGCUGACGCUAUUGUUGGAUCACUGGGUGUUGAGCACCGUAAGCGUACUACCAUCGGGGUUGAGCUCGCAGCAAAGCCCAAACUGCUUUUAUUCCUUGACGAGCCAACGUCCGGCCUCGAUUCCCAGUCCGCCUGGGCAAUCAUGAAGUUCCUUCGUGAACUGGCAAACAAUGGACAGGCCAUUCUUUGCACCAUUCACCAACCCUCUGCCGAGCUCUUCCAGGUGUUUGACAGACUAUUACUUCUGCGCAAGGGUGGUCAGACCGUUUACUUUGGUGAUAUCGGCGAUAAAUCCUCGAUUAUGCUGGAUUACUUUGAGCGCAACGGAGCCACUCACUGUGACGCCGAUGCUAAUCCUGCUGAGUACAUGCUGGAUACCAUUGGGGCUGGCGCAACCGCAACUGCCACUGUCGACUGGCAUAACAUUUGGAAGCGAUCUCCGGAAGCUGUUGAACUUCAAGCGCAGAUCGAACGGAUACACGCUGAAGGUCGCGCACGGCCAUCAGCUGUUGUCCUUACGAAGCGCAACUUCCUUGCCUACUGGCGUAACCCGACAUACCUCGUCGCGAAGAUCAUUCUCAACAUCGCGGGUGGUUUGCUCAUUGGGUUUACUUUCUUUGACUCCAAGGACACCUUACAAGGGACGCAGAACAAGCUUUUUUCAAUUUUCCUAGCAACUAUUCUCUCUGUCCCCAUAACUCAACAACUCCAAUCUGUCUACAUUGAUAUUCGCUCCAUCUAUGAAGUCCGCGAGCGACCAAGCAGAAUGUACAGCUGGACUGCACUUGCUACAUCGCAGAUCCUGGUCGAGAUUCCCUGGAACAUCUUUUGCUCGUCGCUGUUUUUCCUCUGUUGGUACUGGACGGUCGGUUUCGCCACCAAUCGAGCAGGCUACACAUACUUGAUGUACGGAGUCGUGUUCCCCCUCUAUUACACUACCAUCGCAGAGGCGGUCGGAGCCAUGGCACCCAACGCAGUGAUCGCAUCGCUGUUGUUCAGCACGGUAUUUUCAUUCGUCGUCAUCUUUAACGGUGUUUUGCAGCCUUUCCGUGCGUUGGGCUGGUGGAAAUGGAUGUACAGAGUAUCCCCAUUCACGUACCUCGUCGAAGGUCUCCUGGGCCAAGCUAUUGGUGGACAGCUGAUCAACUGCGCGUCAGAUGAAUUAGUGCCAAUUAAUCCUCCCAGCGGACUCAGUUGCGCAGCGUACAUGGAUCCCUUCAUAUCUUCUGCCGGGGGCUAUCUCACAAACCCCGAUGCGACGACUGAAUGCCUAUACUGUCCUUACCGCACCACCGAUCAGUUCAUGUUCAGCAGUUUCAAUAUCUUGGACUCUCAUCACUGGCGAAACACGGGUAUUGUACUGGGCAUCGUCGUAUUCAAUGUAUGUGCCAUAUUCGCGUUCACAUAUAUAUUCCGCAUCCGGAAGGGCAACAUAUUCAGUCUUUUCAAGGGACGAAGAUAG